AUGUUGAAGUCUACCCAACUCCGCAAAGGAACUUGCAACUUUAUGAUCUUUGUUCUUUCUAGUUUUGAUCUACUUGUAGUCGUGUUCGGGCAUCCUUCAGUAAUUUUAUCUGCUGUACCCUGGUCAACUGGUGAUAACAGUUCAGCACAUUGGUCCACUCCAGGAAAUGACGGAUAUCACUUGGCCGAAGUUGGAAUAAUCGUUUCCAAUUACACCCAAGGCUUUUCAAUAUUGGCACUUCUGACGAUGACGAUCGAUCGCUACCUUGCACUAACCCGACCAUUAUUUCACAAAGUCUCUGUGACAAGACGACGGCUUUUGGCCCUGACAGUUACAAUGCAGUUGUUGUUAAUUGUUAUACGAAUGUUCCGAUUCUUCAAAUAUUUCAAGGCUGCAGUUUACUACGCAGCAGCGUUUCUAUUCGGAACAACUUGCAUGCUUCUCUUGGUUGUCAUGAAUUGCAGAAUGUUCAGUAUCGCUGUCUGGGUGAAACGUAACAGCCAAGCACCCAAAACGCACUUGGCACUUUUGAAAAAGAGUUGCACAUGCCUGUUGGCCGUUGGCUGUUUCUUCGUGUGUAUAACUCCAGUUAUUGUGUACGCACUACUCAGGGCCACCUCGGCUGCACAAGAAAAUACAUUGAUGCUGAUUCGCCUCUGGGGAAACACAAGCUUAAGCAUGAGCUCUACAUUAAAUUGCGUCAUUUUCUUUUGGCGAAAUGAAAUGCUCCGCAAGGAAGGUAUGAAACUACUGUGUACCUGUCCAAAGCUUAGACGC